ACAAGAAUUGGAACAAAAGAAACCUUCGCAGCAACAAGUAGCUUCUUCGAGUACGACCGUUGGUGUUUCCAAAGAUUUGUUCAAUAAAGGAUACUACGGCGGUGAUGACGAUCUCCAACCUUUAGAUCAUUCAAACGAACUUGAUUCUGCCCUUUCAGUUUCCAAUGGAGCCGAUGGUGGAUCCAGUAAAAAUGCAGCAUUAGAACUUUAUAUUAAGGGAGUUACGAAAGAACGAGAGGGAAAUUUAAGCGAAGCAUUAAAAAGCUAUCGUCAAGCUUUGAAACUUGACCCUAGCGUGGAGCAUACUUACCGAAAGCACUUUCAUAAUGCUGUCAGUGAGGAAAAUUCCGAAGAUUUUGUUGCUUCCAGAUUCAUGGUUCAACAUUUAGAAGAAGAACUUCGUUUGAUGGAAUAUAGUAAAAGUUCGUCAGUAUCUCAAAAAUAUGAAGGAGGAGGUCAAAAGAAUGACAAAGAAUUAGCUCACACGGGAACACAUAAACCUGACAUCAAUCCUCCAGAGAAUUACCGUGUCGAAGCGGCCACUUCGUCACAACACGACAAAGACGCUGAUCAAAUUGUGGCUUUGCUUAAUUCUUUUCGCAAUAUGAAACUCGUCUAUGAACCGUUGAACCCAGAUCGACCCGUACAUAUCGCAAAACUACCAAACGAACUGGUAAUACAUAUACUUAAACAAUUGAUUAUAACGGGGGAUGUGAAUUCUUUAGAGAAAUUUGGAAUUGUUUGCAAGAAAUUCUGGAUAUUAUCGAGGGAAGUUUCUCUGUGGAAAUUUUUGUGUCAAAAAGCUUAUCGGGACCUGAAUCUAUCAUUCGGAACAUCGAAUUUGUUACAAGGAGAGUAUAUAAAAUUAUACAACAAUGAUUGGAGAAGAAUGUACAUAGAAAGGUACAGAAAUUUUAUCCACAGAGAUUGA